CACUUUGUCAUAUUAAAAUCUUAUAAAACCCUUAUUUACAAAUAGCCGGCUUCUACUCCAUACAUAUAUAAACUUGGCCUUCUUCUUCUUGGUCUUGUUGCAGUGAAAAUGGCCCUAAAGAUACGUACAUUCUUCCUGUACGUAUCCAUCUCCAUCGUCUCAUUCACCGCCACUUACCACCUCCUCUCACCAACUGUCUCCGAUCAGUUACGCCGCCGUCCCCCCGUCUACUUCCCUAACCCUCGCCUCCGCCCUUACGCCAGCAAAAACCAUAUCAUCAACGAACAAGACACAAUCACCAGUCAACCUUCAAACGACGUCGAAUCGGAAACACUUCAGGUACACAUUCCAGUUAAUAAUGAUUCCAUGCGUGUGUUUCGGAAACCUGAUUUAUCGAUUGCGAAUGUAUCGGUUUUGUUUCCGUCUUGGGAGGCACUAGUCAUUGUUUCAAACGACGUCGUAUUUGAUAGGAAUUAUACGACGCCGUCGUCCUUGUUCUGUUUAUUUGAUACCGACGAGAUUUCUCCGGCUAGGUUUACUGGAACGAUGUCGUUUCCAGAUCGGAAUACGUACACGUGUCCGUUGCCGAAACGUGUUCUCCGCCGACUGCCGUUUCGUCAGCCGGUUUUAACUAAAACGCCGGUUCAGUCAAUUCAGCCGGUUCAGCCGGCGCCGGAGCUUCUCCGGUGGAACUUUAUUGUUUACGAGAUUGUUGAAACGGAGAACGACGUCGUUUUGCUUGCGAAAGGGAUUAAUAAUCGUCAAGGAGUUAACAGAAGUCCAACGGAAUUUAAAUGUCUUUUUGGUGACGAUAUCGUUAACGGCGUUACUACUUCUGUUACUAGCUCUGUGCAAGAAGUCUUCAGAUGUCAACGGCCUGAGUUAACGGAGUUUGGUCAAAAUUUAGUCAGAGUGUCUCUUCUUAUUGUUCAAAACAAACAGGUGGUUCCGUCCUUGGCGUAUUAUACGCCCCAGCGCAAAAUAGCAAUAGGUGGUACAAAGUCGCUAUUGUGCGCAUGUACCAUGGUUUACAAUGUGGCUAAAUUUUUGAAAGAGUGGGUGAUUUACCAUUCCAAAAUUGGGGUUGAUAAAUUCAUUUUGUAUGACAAUGGAAGUGAUGAUGAUUUGGAGGAAGUUGUGGAUUUGUUGAAAUCGAAAGGGUACGAUGUCGAGACUCGUUUUUGGCUAUGGCCAAAAACCCAAGAAGGAGGUUUCUCGCAUGCGGUGUUACAUGCAAAAACCAUGUGUCGUUGGAUGAUGUUCAUUGAUGUGGAUGAAUUUGUUUAUUCGCCAUCAUGGGCGUCAUCUAAACCGUCAAAAUCACUUUUACAAUCACUUUUGCCAACGAAUCUGUACGGUCAGUUAAUCAUUCGUUGUUACGAAUUUGGCCCAUCGAAUCAGACGACACACCCGUUAGCGGGAGUGACACAGGGUUAUACUUGUAGAAAAGAAAUUGAAAACCGACACAAAUCAAUAGUGCUUCUUGAUGCGAUUCAUGAGUCUUUGCUCAAUGUGAUUCAUCAUUUCAAGUUAAAAGACGGGUAUAAAAGCAAGAAAGCGAAUAUUGGAACCGUGGUUGUGAACCAUUAUAAGUACCAAGCGUGGCCCGAGUUCAAGGCCAAGUUUAGAAGAAGAGUGUCGGCUUAUGUUGUGGACUGGACCCGUUCGGUUAAUUUGAAAUCAAAUGAUCGGGCUCCUGGGCUCGGGUAUCUAGCGGUUGAGCCCAAAGGGUGGGAGGAAAGAUUUUGUGAAGUUUAUGAUAACCGGUUAAAGCAUUUAACGAGAAGAUGGUUUGGGAGUCGAAAAGGGCAAUCCGAGUUUGGUAUGAUUUGGCAAAAUAUAUAAUAGUAGAAUUUAUUUUUUUUGGGCAAGAUAAUAACAGUUUAGAGGAAACGGUGAUGUGUAAAUGAAAAUUCUCUGACUUUAAUUUUAGUGGUCAAAGCCCGAAACUUAGGUAUUAUUAGUAAAUUGAAAUGGAUUUGUGUGGGCUUAGGCUCAUUAGCUACCA